AUGGAUAAAUGUUCAACAUCUCCCGUUCCAAUACAUAAAGGAGACAAGUUUAGUCUCAUGCAAUGUCCAAAGAAUGAUUUGGAACGGAAACAGAUGGAAAAUAUCCCUUAUGCAUCUGUUGUUGGGAGUUUGAUGUAUGCUCAAACAUGUACAAGACCAGAUAUUAGUUUUGCAGUUGGUAUGCUUGGUAGAUAUCAGAGUAAUCCAGGAAUGGAUCAUUGGAAAGCUGCAAAGAAAGUUUUAAGAUACCUACAAGGAACAAAGAAUCACAUGUUUACUUACAAAAGAUCUAAUCAUCUUGAAGUGAUUGGAUAUACAGAUUCAGACUUUGCUGGCUGUAUAUAUACAAGAAAAUCUACAUAUGGUUAUCUGUAUCUUUUAGCCAGAGGAGCAAUCUCAUGGAAAAGUGCGAAGCAGUCCGUCAUUGCUACAUCCACUAUGGAAGCUGAAUUUGUGGCAUGCUUUGAGGUCACUAUUCAGGCUAAUUGGUUGCGGAACUUUAUUUCAGGACUUGGAACAGUUGACAGUAUUGCCAAGCCGCUGAAAAUUUAUUGUGACAAUUCCGCAACAGUCUUCUUUUCUAAGAACGAUAAGUAUUCCAAAGGUGCUAAACAUAUGGAAUUGAAAUACUUUGUCGUUAAAGAAGAAAUUCAGAAUCAUAAAGUGUCAAUAGAACAUAUUAGCACUGAUUUUAUGAUUUCUGACCCUUUAACAAAAGGGUUACCGCCCAAAUUAUUUGUUGAUCAUGUAAAGAAUAUGGGCAUUAUGUCUACCACUGAAAGUUGA